AUGGCUGCAUCAACUCCGAAUAUAUAUUAUGACUUUAUUGUUGUCGGUGGUGGAACUGCUGGAAAUGUUGUUGCAGGCAGAUUAGCAGAGAGCCCCGACGUGAAAAUACUCGUUAUUGAAGCUGGAGUUGGUAACCCAGAGAGUAUCCCAGAGAUAAUAACGCCCGCUCGCGCAUUCGAACUCCGAAACAGCAAGUAUGACUGGUCCUAUCAGACGACCUUCGUCGAUAAACCUGAUUACGAGCGUGUUGAAAAACCAAAUACCCGUGGAAAGGUUCUUGGUGGGAGUAGUAGCUUAAACUACUUCACCUGGAUUCGAGGUAGUAGGGAAACAUUCAAUGCGUGGCAGGAGUACGCUUCAUAUCACGAUGAUGAGAGAGUCUACGAUCCGCUCUUUUCCAAGAUCGGACGCGAGGGUCCACUCCACAUUUCCCACGCAAAUCUGCUCCAAGAAACUAGCGCUUUCCGCGAUGCUCUAACACAGGCGUGGACCAGCAAGGGCCAUAAAUUGAGAGAAGACAUCUACAAUGGCAGAUUGGAGGGACUGACUCACUGUGUUAGCACAGUCUACGACGGAGUCCGGUCAAGUAGUGCAGUAUACGUGACUGGGAAAGAAAACGUGGAGAUAAUGCAUUCCACCGUCGCAACAAAGAUCAACUUCGAAGGUGAUACUGCGGUGAGCGUAACUGUUGUUGGAACUGAUCAGAACGAGACCACAGUAAAAGCAAAGAAAGAGAUCAUUAUUGCAGGUGGAGUUUUCGAAACACCCAAGUUAUUGCUUCUUUCUGGCAUUGGUCCCAGACGUGAACUGGCGCGUCAUGGAAUUCAUCCGGUGAUAACUUCCGAGCAUGUGGGCGAGCAUCUUCUCGACCAUCCCAUUCUUCCGCAUGUUUUUAGACUUAAGGAUGGUCUAGGUCUGGACCAUAUUCUCCUUCGAGGGGGGCCUGCCUACGAUGCUGCCGUGAAGCAGUACGACAAGGAUAAAACUGGUCCACUGGCUAGCGGCCUCCUUGAAAUGGUAGCCUUCCCACGCAUUAACGGGCAACUCGAAGAACAUGAGAUGUAUUGCAAAGCCAGAACAAACAAUGGCGGCAAAGAUCCUUUCGGACCUGAAGGUCAACCUCACUUUGAGAUCGAUUUUAUUCCUAUGUUUUGUGAUGCAUUCCAGUGGCACUUCGAUAUCCCACCCGAGGGAGACUGGCUGACUGUAGUGGUCGACCUCCUUCAUCCACAGUCAAAGAGCGGGUAUGUCAGACUUAAUUCGAUAGACCCACGCGAACAGCCUGAUAUCAAUCUCAACUACUUUACCGAUGAGCUGGAUAUUCUCGCUUUGAGAGAGGGUGUUCGAUUCGUUGAUGAUAUCCUUAUGAACGGCGAUGGAAUGAAAGAGAUCAUCGCUGAAGACUUUCCGUGGCCCAUGGCCCGUGAGUCGGAUGAAGAGAUGGAUCGCCUUAUUCUAGAUCGGGCGCAGACUGGAUAUCAUCCCUGUGGCACUGCCAGACUGUCUCACGAUAUUGAUCAUGGCGUGGUAGACUCUGAGCUGAAGGUCUAUGGUGCUAAGAGACUGCGCAUUGUUGAUGCGUCAAUCAUUCCGGUCAUUCCGGACUGCCGGAUCCAGAAUGCCGUCUACAUGAUUGGAGAAAAGGGUUCCGACAUAAUCAAAGCGGCCUAUCCAGAGCUAUAUAAAUGA